CAUCAUCAUCUCUUGAUCUAUCUUUCAAUUAUCUUGUUGAUUUUUCCCCCAAAACAGAGAAAGAAAAUGGCAUCCAGAGAAAUGCAGAUCAUCAUCUCUCUCCUCGUGACUACACUCAUUGGUUUAGCAGUAGCUACAGACCACACAGUUGGUGGUCCUAGUGGUUGGACCGUAGGAGCUAGUCUUGGAACUUGGGCUGCAGGACAAACAUUUUCUGUUGGAGACAAUCUAGUUUUCGCUUACCCUUCUGCAUUCCACGACGUCGUUGAGGUCACGAAACCCGAAUUCGACAGCUGUCAAUCUGUUAAACCGCUUAUAACAUUUGCUAACGGAAACUCCAUUGUUCCUCUUACUACUCCUGGAAAAAGGUACUUCAUUUGUGGAAUGCCGGGACAUUGUACCCAAGGGAUGAAACUCGAAGUAAACGUUGUUCCAACAGCAAACGCAGCACCAACCGCACCGCUUCCAAACGCUGUCCCAUCUCUGAACGCACCUUCACCUUCUUCUGUUCUACCUGUACAACCCUUGUUGCCUCUUAACCCCGUUCCUGUUCUCUCUCCAUCUUCUUCUUCUUCUUCUUCUUCUACUCCGCUUCCUUCCUCCUCUCUGCCUCUUAUUCCGGCACAGUCACCGGCACUUUCUCCUGCGGCUCCGGCUGCGGCGGGGACUUCUCUGCCGUUGUUCCCGACCACACCUGGUAGCUCUAGCAGCACCACCACCAAAACCGUCGGGAGCUUCCCUUCUAGUGCUACUGGCCCGACGGCUGAUCUUGCCGGCGCUGGAACUACUCCGGUUGACUCCUCCUCCUCUUCCACCGCCGCUAAAAGCAUUGGUUUGGGAUUCGGAUUCAUGGUCGCUAUGAUGCUUCAUUUGUUCUAAGUGUUGAAGUACAUAGACACAUUGUGUUUGUGUUU